AUUUCGUUUGGUUCCCUAAUUUAGGUAUUGUUUUUUUGAUUCCAAUCUCCUCCGAAUCCAACAAUGGCGAUGACCAAAUUUGAAAAACUACCUGAAGAAAUCAUAGUUGAGAUACUCUCCCGUCUGCCGGCGAAGUUAAUCGGCCAAUCCAGGUGCGUAUCAAAGCAGUGGUGCUCUAUUCUCUCAGCUCCAAAACUCAUUAAAGCUCACCUCACUUUUCAUUCCCACAAAUAUGAAGAAGAAAAACUCAUUACCGUCUGUCGUUCUCAGUCUCUUCACGCUUUAACCUUUAACCAAAAUGGAAAUGGUGUCGUUUCAAGAAAGCUUGACUUUCAGCAGCAGCUUUCAGACAACUGGGUUACUGUUGGUGGCUCCUGUAAUGGCUUGGUCUUGGCUGUAAAUGACAAACAAAUUGCAUUUUUAAUUAACCCCACGACCUUAGAGUUCCAUAGAAUUCCAGAUUCUGCUAAUGCUUCAAUUGGGCAUCGUGGCUUUAGAAUGUAUGGUCUAGGGUAUGAUGUUCGUAGUGAUGAUUAUAAGGUAGUUGCACUUUCUUAUUAUGCUACUGGUAUUGAUAAUACACCUGAUAUUUUUAAUACUUCUGUGGCUGUGUACUCUGUGAGAAAGGGUCUUUGGAGGAGACUACUACAGAGCAAAGAGAGUCUUUGGGGGAGACUCUAUUCUAAUGAUUGUGCAGUUCCUGACCGUGCUUCUGGGGUUUCGGUUAAAAGGGCCGGUCCCCUGACGUGGCAAAUGGGGUUUUCGUAAGAGGGAUUUGGGAAAAUGGGGUUUUGGUAAAUGGGGCUUUGCAUUGGUUGGCUAGUGAAGGUUCUGACUAUUCACCUGUAAUUGUUGCUUUUGAUAUACUUGAAGAGAAAUUUUUUGAGGUGCCAGGACCUACUACUAUAGACAAGGGUACACAUGUGGUCAGUAAGCUUGUGGCUCUCAGAGGGUGUCUUUGUAUUUUGUCUGAAACAGAAGAAACAGAUACUAUUUGGACAAUAAAGAAUACUAUUUGGACGAUGAAAGGCUAUGGGAUUGAGGAGUCUUGGACCAGGUAUGAAGUUAAAGGACCGGAUCUCGCUGAGUUGAUACCAUUGUGUUUAAUGAGUGAGGAUGAUGUUGUACUAGAUGUAUGUGCAAGUUUGAUUGUCUACAAUAGGAGAGAGGAUCAGUGGAGGGAUAUAACGGAUGAUAGAACUCCUACUAUCUCGUAUAGAGCUGGAACUAGAACCUUCAGGGAGAGUCUUGUUCCUCCCACCUUCUGAGAUGAUGCUAUAUACAGGAAUUCAUCUGCUUCCGUGGACAUGUUGUGGUGCUUCUAUUGAACGGUAUCUUGUGUUUGUGCAGAGGCCUGAAUCUCUGUCUCUCUCUAUAUAUUUUUCUUGAGCAGAUCCUGAUAUUUGAGAUUUAUUUUGUUGACUGUAUAUCUCAGUUGAGUUUCUGAACAUUAGAUGAGUAGAUGAUCUGAGUAACUAUUUGCAUACUGAUUUGACGAGGGAGGGGUUUACAUUAAGGUUUAACUAUCAUUUUAAAACAGUAAGAUUGUCCUUUUUGUUACA